AAUCUCAUUCUCCCUAGCACAGACAACUGAAGCAAUCGAUGGAACCUCUCGACUGAAACCACCGUUCCUCACGCUCGCUAGAUCCUCCGCCGGAGUCAGUGGUCGAAUCCACAGUAUGCGGUGGUGAAUGGGUUUCCCUUCGCGUGUCCGCCGCUCGUCGCUCGCAAACCGUCAUCCUCCAUCGCCAGUUAACAAGCUUAAGGGAAAAGUCUGAACCGUCAUCCUCCAUCGCCAAAGCUUAAGGAGCAACAAAAGCAUCUCGAUUUCUAUCCUGUAUUACCAGCUUCCAGCUUAUUAAGCAGCUCACGCAAGGGAUACAUCUGAGGAUGAGAUAUUGGCUUUCGGUGGCUUGGAUGCUGUGGUUUUUGUAAGGAUACUUGUGUUUAGAAAGAGGCCAAGGUCUUGGAUGCACCAAAUAUUAGAAAUGACUACUAUUCAAACACUAUGGAUUGGGGGAAAAACAACAUUCUUGCUGUUGCUUUGGGAUCAGAAAUGUACCUUUGGAACUCUGUGAACAACAAUGUACAUAGGUUGUUUGAAGCCACUCACAAUGAUUGUCCCACAAGUGUUGCCUGGUCACGGGAUGCCAAACUUUUCGCAGCAGGAUUUAUGCACUCUAAGCUUCAACUCUGGGAUGCUGAGACUUCUAAGCCAAUAAGAGUCCUAGAAAGUCAUGGUCAAAGGAUUGGAACCAUUGCAUGGAGUGGCGAUACUUUAACUUCUGGAAGCCAUGACAAAUCUAUAAUCAACCAUGAUGUUAGAGCAAGAAGAAAUGUUAUUUCACGGGUAAAAGCACACGGAGCAGAAGUUUGUGGCUUAAAAUGGUCCAAAGGGGGAAAUAUGCUGGCAAGUGGCGGCAAUGACAAUCAUAUCUACAUAUGGGAAUCAUCUAAAAUGAAUUCAUCGAGUUUCUUGCAUUGUUUUAAGGACCAUUCUGCUGCAGUCAAAGCCCUUGCUUGGUGCCCUUAUGAUUCAAAUGUGCUUGCUUCUGGAGGUGGCACAAAUGAUAGGUGUACUAAGAUAUGGAAUAUUCAAAAAGAAACUUGCAUUCGCAGCAUAGAUACUACAGCUCAGAGCCCAGAUGGGUUAACAGUGGUGUCAGCUGGGGCAGAUGAAACUCUUCGCUUUUGGGAUAUUUUUGGGCCACCUGCUACUGAUACAUCAAAGAUCUCACAUCUGGAUAACCUUUUGUCCCUGAAGAUAUCCGCAUUAAGAUAACAUUUUCUUUUACGAGCUUGUUUGGUUGCGGACCAAAGAGCACUUGUUGGAGCUUAUUUAACUCAUUUUUUAGUAGCUCCAACAAGUUCUCUUUAGUCCGUAUCUGAAAUCAAUCUAAACCUGAAAGUCUCAUUAUUGUUUCCCUACUGAUUUUUCCCUACUGAUUUUUCUAAUUGUCCCUACUGAUUUUUUUAAUUGUCCUACUGCUGUAGUUUUCAGUUUUCAUGAUGUCUAAUAUCUAAAUCUUAUGUGAAGGUUGAUUUUGAAACACAAAUUGCUGCAAGAGACUCACAGGAGAAUGAAGAUGGUGCCCACAAAAAAUCAAAUGAUGAAAUCUACUUGGAGGUUGUUGGGGGUGCGAACAAGAAGGGGCGGAUUUAUGGAUUAGGUGCAGAGGCUGUAAAGUUCAAACGUUCUAAGGCCACGUCAUCUCUUGGCGUCUCACCCUCAGAGUAUGAGACAAUGAGAAAUCUUGUUUCUACUUUAACAGAGGAGAACAAGAAGCUAAAGGGAAAAAUGGAGACAUAUGAUGAAAAAUUUGCAAACUUGGACAGAUUCUUGGAGAGCUUUCCUCAAAGCAUGGCUUCACGCUCUGUUGAACAAUCACCUACAAAUCAGCAUAACAUAGAUGAUGAAGAAUUAGAGGAUGAUUUGGAUGGCAUUUGAUUUAGAUGAAUAUAUGUAUUUGAUACUAUGUUUUUAAUUAUACUUGACAUUUUACCAUGACUAUGUAUGGAUUCACUACUAUGGUUAUGUAGGUUGAUGAACAUGAUCUUAAAUAUUAAACUUCAAAUCAAUAGUAUAUUUUGAAUUACUUCUA